UUAUUUGAUUCAUAUUUUAAAGCGAAGUGGAGGUGUGCGCAGCAAUAUCCAUACCAAAAAAUAUCAUAAGAGGUUAACGAGUCAAGAAUAAUGGCGAGUAGUCCGAACCCGGUCAAAAAAGUGCCGAUACACUUGCAAAGUGCUCAGAACAGAGUUUACAUUAAAAACGGCGAGAUUGUCAAUCAUGACAAGGCAUUCAAAGCCGAUGUCUACAUUGAAGACGGCAUCAUAAAAUUUAUAGGUCCUGCCGCAGAUAUAACCGUCCCCGGCGGAGUGCGUACGAUCGAUGCCAGUGGAAAAUUAAUUAUUCCGGGUGGAAUUGAUCCUCAUACUCAUAUGCAACUUCCCUUCGGCAAUGCGGUGGCUGUAGAUGACUUCUAUCAUGGAACUAAAGCUGCUGUAGCUGGUGGCACAACUAUGAUAAUUGAUUUCGUGUUGCCAAAUAAAAACGAGUCCAUGCUUGAAGCCUAUGACAAGUGGCGCUCUUGGGCCGAUCCAAAGGUUUGUUGUGACUAUGGCUUCCAUGUCGGUAUAACUUGGUGGUCCAAAUCGGUGUCGAAAGAGUUAGGCAUACUUUGCAAUGAGCUUGGCGUCAAUUCCUUUAAAACAUUCAUGGCCUAUAAGGGUCUCUAUCAGCUCAAUGAUUCAGAUCUCUUGGAUGUAUUCGAGCGCAUUAGAGAACUAAAAGCUGUAGCCAUGGUACAUGCUGAGAACGGAGAUAUUAUCGCCAAGAACGCCGCGCGUUUACUCGCCGAGGGUGUCACGGGUCCAGAAGGACACGAACUAUCGCGUCAAGAGGAAGUUGAGGCUGAAGCCGUGCAUCGUGCCUGCAUUUUGGCUCAUCAAGUCGAUUGUCCACUCUAUGUGGUCCACGUUAUGAGUAAAUCGGCUGGCAUCGAGCUAGCCCGGGCUCGUCAGCGUUAUAACAAGAAAUACAUAUUCGGUGAAACCCUUGCGGCAGCACUUGGCACAGAUGGCACUCAUUAUCGUUGCCAACACUUUGGACAUGCGGCUGCUCAUGUGCUCAGUCCUCCCUUGAGACCCGACAAAACAACUCCCGAGUUUAUGAUGAAAUUAUUGGCCAGCGAUGAUCUGCAAACCACAGGCAGCGAUAACUGCACCUUUAACAAGAGCCAGAAGGAGCUUGGUCUUGGCGAUUUUACGAAAAUACCGAAUGGAGUCAACGGAGUUGAAGAUCGUAUGUCGCUGGUAUGGGAAAGAGGUGUGCACAGUGGACUCCUCGAUCCCUGCCGAUUCGUCGCUAUAACUAGUACAAACGCGGCUAGAAUAUUUAAUAUAUAUCCGCAAAAAGGAAGAAUUGCUGUUGGCUCCGAUGCUGAUAUCGUUAUUUGGGAUCCUCAGGCCACACGCACCAUUUCCAAGGAUACCCAUCACCAUGCAUGCGAUUUUAAUAUCUUUGAGGGUAUGACAGUGCAUGGUGUGCCAGAGUAUGUGUUGGUACGAGGACGCAUUUGCGUUGAGAAUGGUUCAGUUCGUGUCGCAGAAGGAUUCGGGCGUUUUAUUCCCUCCCCCCUAAGACCUGCCUUUGUUUAUGAUAGUCUUGAGGGCAAGGUGGAAGAGGAGCAGGUGGACCAGAAAAAUAGCAAUGGGAACAAUCGGGUUGCCGAUUUGGAUGCUCAUGUAUCUUCUCAGCUACCACCUGCCGUUAUGUUCUCCGGAAAAACGACUCCCACCACCCCUGAAGGAAGCCGUGGGCGUGUUGAUGGUAAACGGGAUUUGCAGGAAUCUUCAUUCUCGAUUAGCCAGGAACUGGACACCGCAGGAGUUCGUUCCUCCAUCAAAGUGCACAAUCCUCCAGGGGGUAAAUCUUCCGGCUUUUGGUAGUUACCAAAUACAUAUAUUUGUUUACUCUUAUGACAAAAAUAAAUCUUUAAAAAAUA